GCGGGGAGGGAGGCGAUGGCGGCGGGCCCCGGCGGAGGCAGCGGCAGCGGCAGCGGGGGGGCGGCGGCGGCGGCGGCGGGGGGGCCGGGCUGGCGUUUGCCGGGGCGGGUGCUGGAGCUGGUCUUCUCCUACCUGGAGCUGCGGGAGCUGAGGAGCUGCGCGCUGGUCUGUAAGCUGUGGCACCGCGUCCUGCACGGUGACGAGAACAGCGAGGUGUGGCGCAGCUUGGCGGCCCGCUGCCUGGCGGAGGAGGCCCUGCGCACCGACAUCCUCUGCAACGUGCCCACCUACAAGGGCAAGGUCCGUGCCUUCCACCACGCCUUCAGCACCAACGACUGCUCGCGGAACGUCUACAUCAAGAAGAACGGCUUCACGCUGCACCGCAACCCCAUCGCCCAGAGCACGGAUGGGGCGCGGACCAAGAUCGGCUUCAGCGAGGGCCGCCACGCCUGGGAGGUGUGGUGGGAGGGCCCGUUGGGCACCGUGGCCGUCAUUGGCAUUGCCACAAAGCGGGCAGCCAUGCAGUGCCAGGGUUACGUGGCCCUGCUGGGGAGCGACGACCAGAGUUGGGGCUGGAACCUGGUGGACAAUAACUUGCUGCAUAAUGGAGAGGUGAAUGGCAGCUUCCCCCAGUGCAAUAACGCUCCCAAAUACCAGAUAGGUGAAAGGAUUCGAGUUAUCCUGGACAUGGAAGACAAAACAUUAGCGUUUGAGAGGGGCUAUGAGUUCUUGGGAGUUGCCUUCAGAGGACUGCCAAAAGUUUGCCUGUAUCCAGCAGUGUCUGCUGUGUACGGUAACACAGAAGUGACUUUGGUCUACCUGGGAAAACCUCUGGAUGGAUGAUGUGGAUUGUUUCGUUGGGACAUCGAGAUGUGGAUGAUUGGGAGGAGAAAUCUGCAUGUUGGUUGGAGGGAAACGUGUAUUAAAGGAAAAACAAAAAAGUGUGGGUGUGUGUCCAAGAACCGUCGAGGGAAUCGCACGGAGUUUUGAAACGGAGGACCAGCCAUACUUCAGGAAUUGUGUUACAUUUCCUCUUUCUACCAGGCCAGAAAAAUCCUCAGGGUUGCAGUUGGUUGAGUGGGAAGCUGACACAUGCAUGUUGCAACAGAUUUCAUUGCUAAGAUGGCAGUGUGUGACCUCAAAUAUUUGAGAAAGGAUUUGAUACAAAACUGCUUGAGGAAAUUAACCUGAGAUUUGUAAGUAGCGUGUUUUGUGAAAGACUCCCAUUUUAAAACUGCUUGUUCCUUCCCUUCCCUCCUUUGGGCCAACGUGGGUACCGAAGGAGAACGAGUCUGGUUGGGUUUUAUUUACAGUUUUUAACAUACUGAGAAGCGUGGUCUGUCUGGACUGCCCUUCUCUAGUAUAACGAUACAAAAUGCGUGCAGCUAUUUUUAAGUGUAUUUUAAGGGUUGUAUAUAUAGAACACGUUGAAAAGAACAGUUAAAAGAAAGGGUUUGCUUUAUUCUAACUGGGACAUAAUUUCUUAAAGGGAAAAAAAAAACCCCCACUACCUGGCAUCAGAAAAUAUACCUUGGACAGGCAUAUAACAUUCAUGUAAGUGUACUUCUUCUGUUGUAUUGUAAAGCAUUUUGGGAUGCUCUUGUGGAGUACGGUGCUACAUUGGGUCAUUUUCUGUGAAAGUUUCCAUAGCUUUAGCAACAGUUUUGUUCUCUGUAGGAAACAUAAAAUGUUUUCCCCACGAGUUUCUUUUCAGCAAAAUUUGUGGUUCCCUUUAGGGAAGGAAGGCACAACAUAGCAGUGAGCUUGUCUUCCUUUCAACAUCAAAAAUACUAACUUUUGAAAGCAUUCUUACACUUUCUAAUCACUGUUGCGAAAUGUUUCAAAAUAAUGAGGAAGGAGCAUUCAGUUUCUGAAUCCAGACCUUGUUUUCAGCUUAAAUGGCUUUAUAAGGCUUUAAGACUUGGCUGAACCUUUAAUUAAGUAAAAUCCCCCAGUACCCAAGUAUUCACCUGCCCAUUUUCAGUCUCACCAACCCUUUGAUGGGGAUUCUGGAUCAGGUUCAACGUUUGGGCUUUUCACUUGCACCGUUUUUUUAAAAUCCACGUACAAACCCCUCAGGUGUGUCGGUGUGCUGUGGCAUGCGCAGGCCGGGGCGGCUGUGAAGCUGAGGGGUGUAGUAAGGAGGGAUCUUCUGGUGAAACAGCUUUCCUCUGAGGUUGAAAGUUCUGUAGGGAGCCCCAGAAGGGCUUCUUUUAAUAGGGCAUUAAAAUCUGUAAGCCCUGCGGCUAGCUCUUGAUUCUUGUUUCUUGUUGGUUGGUAUUUCUCAGAGCUGUCUGAACUAUUUCAGAGUUGGGCAUGCUUUUCAGAGAGGGAGAAGUAAACGUUUAUACAACCUCUUUUUGCUUUAUUUGCACGAGAGAAUGUGAAUUGCUUAAUAUCGGACACUGGUAAUUCUCUGAACAUGGAAGAGAGAGGAAUUCCUCUUAGGCUGUUGCUCGUUUCCCCCACCCCUGCCUGCCCCAUUAAUCAAGUAAUGCGAGGAGGGCGGUGCAAGCAGAUGAGGGUGGCUCCUAGUCGCUGCUGCUGAGCUAUCCUUGGAGUGCUUUUUAGCUAGUAGAUAACCAAGUUCUGCACUGGAACACAGUAUGUAUGUACAUCAUUACCAUUUAAGAGGAUUUUGAAGUAUUUAUUUGUUUUGUGUGUUGUUUAUUGCUUAAAGGCAAUAUUGAGGUCCGUUCCUCUUGGCUGCGUUAAAGAAGCAAAAUACGCAGUGAGAAAUUAAGAUGUUUUAAGUGGUGCUUAAACAACCGAAUAAAUGAUGUGGCACGAGCAUACGAGUACCUUUUGGAAAAAUCUCUUAGAAGCAUUGAUUGUACUAGACUGUAAAUUAUGUAUCUGCAUAGCAGAAGUGUGGGGCAUGAAGUAGGGGGGGGGAAGGAAACAAAACCCUGUCCAAUUUCAGAAAGUAAAAUUGUCCCCGAGAUGAAUGUAUUCUCAGUGCAGUCCUGAAAGAUGUGACCUCUGUAGCUUGUUCAUGAAUCCAAUUAGAUGCAAGUAAACCCUGAGAACUUCCGAGGAAUUUUAUUCACAAAUUAAGAUUGAUUUCCAUUCUUCAGGCUGCGUCUUACCCUAUAAAUAAUUUCCCUCUAAAUUAGAAAUGCUGAAAGUUGAACAUUCCUUAAGGGUGGGUUUGGGGGGGACUCACUUAUGUAAGAUUAUAACUUAUUCCUGGAGACCAAUGCUGGCUGUACAAAAUAUUAAAAUAAACUCUGCUAUAAUUCAGAAGGAUAUAUUGGUGUGGAUUGUUGUAAUGACAUCAGUGGAGUGCUGAUAGGAAAAAUGGGGUAGCAGUUGAGUGUACCAAGAAGAUAGAGGUGUUGGCACUGUGUGAUUUGCUGCGUGACUGCUUGAAAAGAGAGAAUCUGAUGAGUGUUAAGGAGGACUUGAAAGCUCAGUAGUCUAACAGCUGUGUUUGGGAGAUUGUAUCCUCCAAAACAGGGAUGCUGGCGCAUGGCAGUGUGGGAAAAGGUUUUCCUCGUGGCUGGAGGUCUCUGGAUUAGAAUUGAGGUGUUGCGCUCACUGUUGCGGCUGCCCUGCCCUGCUGCUGUACCAAGGUGCCUCUUUCCCAGGUCAGCUUCUCGGCUUCUCUCUGUUUCUCUAGCUUUCUGUAUGGAAGUUCAAUGUUUCAUGGUGCUUUUAGGAAUAAGUAGGUGAUUUUUAGGAAGAAGUAGGAGACUGUGUUGUGGUUGCAAGCUCUGAGGCACUUUCCAAACUCUCUGCAUCAAGAAUUUGCUUUUAAGUAGUGAACUUUUGGCUAACAUCUCUGUGAGCUUCUUCAGGAGCAAAGAGCUGGCUCUUUUAGCUGGCUCGUAGAUUCGCUUUUUCUAGCCUGAGGUACCAGAGUUAGCUAACAGCUGUUUGAAGUAUUUUCCCUGCCCCGACUAGUCAUGUAACUGCUUUGGUCAGGAGGAACAUCAGCUGUUCAUAGCUCCCAUAACAGAAAUCAGUCAGAUUCACAGGUCUUGGCUUCAGAAUCCUGCAGGACAUCCAGAAUUUUUUGAUAAGUGAGCAUUUUGUCUAUCAUUUGAAUAAACCUCAGAAUUCCUGGUGGUUUAAGUGUGCUGCGAAAUCUGUUGGGAGCUUAACAGUUGGUCAUCUGAUCUGGUCACGUUUCUAUGUCUGAGGAAGCAAACAGCUCGAUAUGGCCGUUUGUUUCAGGGCAGAGUCUGUUCUUGGCUUUGGUGGUGGCUUGUGUUGGCCUGAAGUCAGUUGCGUGACUUCUUUUUCCAUAAGAGGACAGAGGUAUUGCUGGAAUGAACUAAUAAAUCAAGAUGGCAUGGGAAACUUGCCCUGGUUGGGGUAUUUUCUUGAAAAUGUUUCUUCCCCCCCACUUAAAAUGGAGUGGUGAGUGUGCAUUUUUGGGAGUCCUGUGUGUGCUUUCUGCUAGCAAACACCGUUUGGGUUUGUUACUUUUGGCCAUGUUUCAGGUGACAAAACUAGCCAGGAGCAGAUGGCCUUGAUCUUGUGGGCUGAACUUCUGCUGCCUCAGAUGUGGCUGUAUUCUUCUCUGCCUGCCUCUGAAUCUGAUAGCAAGCUGGAACAUACUAGCUUUUUUCUCUGCUUACCAAUGAUCUACAUUUUUAAUUCCUUAACACACCGGUGUGUUUUCUAGAUGGCUGUCUCAACUUUUUUUUUUUUCUCCUCUUCCAUUUUCACUGGGAUGAUGGCAGCAGUGAUGAAUUAAAAUAACGCUUGGCCUGAUAAUAGUUUGAUCACACAAAAUUUAUUUUCUCUAAGUAUUUGAGAGGUAACCAGCCCUCUGAUUCCUGAGCCUGUGUAUUUCAAUACUGAUAUUUCAGUUCUAGUUAAAUCUUUAUACAUUAUAAAUAGCUCUGGAUGCUGGCAGGAACACAGCUAGAAGUGCUGUAUGCGCAGCUCUUCCCCGGAACAGCGCCGGUUCUUGCACAAUACAGAUAAUUUGGUGAAAUGUGUAGCCAGAAAAUGGCACUACUGAAAUCUGCUCUAGGAUCCUUUCUACAUUUACAAACCAGGUUUUUAAAUGGUUAGGAGUGUGAUGUGCUUGAUUUCUGUAAGUGAUAGUAGUCCACCUCGCACUAAGUUGUAAUUCAGUUGAAAGGGAAAUUAAGUGGUAAAUGAAUACAGAAAGCUUUUACUACAGUGAUGCCGAAGCUGCUAAUUUAUACUUUAAGCGGUUUUUUUUUCAUAUUGCUGUAUGAUGCUGUACAUAUUGUGUGACUUCCGAAUGAAUUCUCACACCCCCCCACAAGAGGGCAAAGUUAACAGCACUGUGGGAGCCUAGACUUUGAAUUUCUUAAGCAUUGUGCAAAAUAAAUGUUUAAUGUGGAACCUUC